AUGAAACGCACACGCCUAGCGAUCUACGCUGCUGUCACACUACAGACGUCUACAACUCUGACGCUUGCACUAAUGCCCUCGGCAGCAUUCUCCUGUUCGAGGACAAGGGAUUAUCGGCUCCGAUCCACAGUAAAACCUCCUCUUCAUCAGUUCGGUAAACUCACUCGUCCUCCAAAAGCUCCAAAAUCACAGUCUCAUAUCCUAUCAACAAACAAGUGCCUAGUAUCGUUACGAUCCUCCAAUUCUGACGACGAAUUAUUGUCAACGACAACAACGUCGAAAGCCAAAGUACGGUUUUCCACAAGCAAGGUAUCCUCUCCGGGCGAGGCGUCAAACAGUAAUUUGUUGGAUUCAAUUUUGUCUUGGAUCACUUCGGAUGUGGGUUCGGUCAUUCUGGGAUUCUCGGGAUUGAUAGCCCUAUUGGUGGGUCGUCUGCUAUUGUCGUCUUUGUCGUCAGACGAUACUAUUGCAUCGUCACCCGACGCCCAGUCGGAGGAAACCCGGGCCAAUUUGCUGGCUGUCUUCGCCACAGGAGCUGUUUUGCUGAACGGUAUUAGCAAGUUAGACGUGGAAUCAGCUUUGGCACCACUGGUAGAACUGAGUGGACAAAAAUUGUCCGAGCCCGUCUACGUUGGCGUGGACGAAUCUCAAUCCACCGCGGCGCAAAUUGGUUGGACAUUGAAAGCGCUUCUGGCGGCCACGCCGGCACAAUCUGCCGUUCUCUUGGCGACCACUCUCCACCCAUUCUCCAACAGCAAUGUAAAGUCUCCUUCUUCAGUUGGUUGGCAAGUCGUCGCUCUGGCAGGCAUUGUGCCUUCCGUGUCCCCCUCGUUGCCGACCGGUACCGCUAUUUUGGAUCGGUUCCGGAACAGUGCCACUGAAAGUACGGACGAAACCUACUUGCCGACGUUACAAGCCUUGCCGGGUCGCACCGAAUUCACCUACUUGCCCCCCAACACGCAGGCCGUUUUGCUCGUGCCGGUGAGACUCCAACAACAAUCAAUUGACGGUCGCGAUACCGUCACCUACGCACUAGUGUUGGGUGGAAACAGGGCUCGAGUCUUUACCCCCAAGGAUAUUUCGUGGUGCCAGAGUGUCGCUCAGCGCCUCGGCCGAGAUCUGUCCGUGGAUUGA